GCCCAACCCUGCUUUUUUGUGAUCCUAAGACUUGUAUCAUUGAAAUAGCCAUCGAGAAGUACUGAGAGCCCUGACCAUGUGCACCCAUCUUUCAUGACAUGGUAGACCGCGUCGAAAUACCAAAGCCCCCAGAUUUCACACAGAUCGCCAUGUCCAACAGGGAGCGAUCCACUCGACAUAAAUCGAGAAUUCCUCGGCCGAUUAUCAAGCGUACUUCAUCGAACCUUUCUUCCCGGAGGAUUUCGUCUGGAGCUUCAUCACUUUUUGCAACCCCGGUUCGUGAGAGUGACGACAAGGUUAAGAACCCAUUCCUCGUUCCCGCUCAAUCGCUCACCAUCACCACCACCAAGAGCAUUUAUGCAACAUCUCAGUGGCGAUCGGAAUUUCCUCAUCAUGUGUCACAGGAGUAUCUCGAGGCACUGUUUUCAUCUGACCAGUAUGUGCCACUCAGGGCGUCCCUCACAGCUGCGGUUGACAGCGCCAGUUACCUCGAUAUGAGAUAUGACGUCAACGGAACUAUACUUGGUGCUGGCGAGUUCUCAGAGGUGGUCAAGGUACAAGAUCGUGUGACGAAGGAGCUGUUCGCUGUCAAGAAGCUGAAAAAAUCUGUCCAGGGAGUUAUGGAGAGGAAACGAUUUUUAGCAGAGGCUAGGAAUAUGUGGAAGAUCGGGCACCCAAACGUGGUAUCGUUGCUCGGUGUUUGGGAACAAAGAGCAAAAAUAUACAUGCGGAUGGAAUUGUGCAGAUCCGAAAGCCUCAGAUCUGCAAUGGCCUCGCACAUGAAAUAUGGUGGAUUCAAUGAAGGAUAUAUCUGGCGAUCUCUGCGGGAUAUCUCGUCAGGUUUGCAGGCGAUCCAUGAGAGCAACAUUGUUCAUCUCGACAUCAAGCCUGAGAAUAUCUUUAUCGGCUCAGCAGGAAGUCUCAAGGUUGGUGAUUUCGGUCACUCGGUCAUGCUUCCGCUUCAGGAUGCGGAUGGACUUGAAGGCGAUCGACGUUACAUGGCUCCAGAGCUUCUUUACGGACAUUGCAAUACGUAUUCAGACAUUUUCAGUCUCGGAAUCAUGGUCUACGAAAUGAUCAGCAAUCGAUGCAGUGAGCUCCCAGGCGAGGGGCGCGAAUGGCACAGUCUGCGAGAAGGAGAUAUCGAUUUCACUGCAGGACAGUAUUGUUACGCAAAUUUGGAAGCACAAAGCAGCCAUGUUGAGCGCGAUCUCUCAAGUCCAGCGCCAACCCUGUCAUUGUCAGCCACAGUGGAUCUCAGGAUUAAAACAUGUCGCAAAAACUUUUGCAAGGAGUUGUUUGAUCUUGUGAAAGAGAUGAUGCAGCCAAUUUGUGAGAAACGACUGCAAGCAGCAGCGAUUUGUGCCCUGGCGGAGCAGGCGGGCACCAGGUUCAGUAUAUCUUCAGAACUGCAGGCAUACUAUUCUCUGCCCACAUAGUUCUUCAGGACGG